CCCCCAUUGUUGACUCGCUAGUUCACUCGCCCCCUAGCGCCAGGCCCAGGACAGGACCACGUAGCAGCGACAGUGUCUGGGAGAAGGCAUUCAGCGCAGCUUCAGUCGACUUCGCUAUAGCGAUCUCGGUACCUCUGCGACGCUUCCUCCUCCCCCUUUCUCGAUCGCACCUAACCAAGCAAGUGACUUAGUAUCAAGCGUCGGGUUUUAGUCCUAAAAUGAUCGAUCUCUGCGAAAGACCCCUCCAGUAGGCCCAUCCGAGCCCGUCGCAUAUAAUUGCCGCCCUGCGGUUAGGUGGACAGCAUUGCCGCGUCGAGACUUUCGAGGCGGUCGGCGGCGUGCAGUGUGGCGCAGUGCGGUAGGGCGGGGUGCCAGCCAUGGACGUGGUGUUCUUCGAUUCGUUCCACCACCGCCCGUCGCCCGACAACGUGGACGAGGUGCGGUUCCGCGCGCCUCUGCUGCUGAAGGCCUUCCAUCUGCCCGCGCCCGAUGCGCCCGUGCACAGCCCGCUGCUGCGUCGCUUCAAAGGAGUGACUCAGUCUGAAGCCUUCACUCUCGCCAUCUACGCGCACAUUCUCCCCCCAUCAUCUGCGCCCUCCGCUGCACCGCAUGCUGCCUCUGCCCCUGGGCCUCCCCCUGCUGAGCCAGAGCUUGCUGCCAACCGUAAUGGAACAGCAGCAGCAGCAGCAGCAGCAGCAGCAGCGAAAGGUGGUGAUAGAAGGGGCGUUGGCGGUAGAUCAUUGGGAGAUGGUGGCAGGGGUGGUGUGGGGAUGAGUGGUCCGUGUGCUGGGGGCGAGUUCAGGUUGAUCUACCACACUCAGGGCUCAACGGAGAAUGUAACGACUGCCGUCAAGCACAUUCAGCCGCUACUCACAGACCACAUAGUGCUGCGAGGCUCCUACUGCUCUCUCUCCCUCGUCCUCUUCGGCUCUCCCCCCCCCUGGCCCUCCCCCACCCUGCGGGCUCUUAAGUCUCGUGCAGCCAAGGGACGGCGGGGGACUGGAGUGGGGAAGGGGAAUAGGGGCCUGGCGCAGGCGCCCUGGGAGGGGGAAGAAGGGGGAGAGGGCGCAGAAGCGGAGGUGGUAGGUGGGAGAUGGGGAGACGGCGGUUGGGAGGAGGAAAUGGUAGUGGAUCCCAGUGCGGACAGGCUUCAGAGAAAGAGGAAACGGGGUGGGGAAAGGGGCGAGGGGGGGCGGGCAGGGGACGAUGUGAGCAGUGGGGCGGAUGGGGAAGAGGAGGAGGAUGCGACUGGAGGAGGCGAAGUGGGGGGAGAAGGGGAUGAGGAGGGAGUGGAUGACGAAGGGGAGCAAGGGAGAGGCAGGAGCAAGGCGAAAGGUCACAGGCAGAGAGGUGACGAGGAGGGGAGAGAGGAGGAGGAUGCGCUAGUGGUGGUCGGGAGGCGGGCGGCAGCAGUGGGGGAGGCAGAGGAGGGCAGGCAGCGAGCGGUGGCCGUGCUGCGGGCGUCAGUGCGGCUGUGGCAUGGGCUGGCGUCGGCCCUCAGCCAUGCUGCUGCGGAUGCCCUCCUGCCGCUGCUCUCCUCUGCUGCUGCUCAGCUCGCAGAGCUCAGCAUGCUGGCUGUUGACAUGGGCGAGAGGGAGGCCGGGAGAUGGAAGGGUGGCAGGCGCAGGAGUCGCGGGGGGAGGGAGGGGAAGGAGGCAGGGAGAGGGGGGAUGCGGAAGGGAGGAUGGGGGGAUGUGGAGGGAGGGGCAAGUGGGGGGGACAAGGAGCGGAAGGAGUGGUGCAUGGUGGUGCAGGAGGUGGACAUGGCGCUCGCGUGGCUGCACCAUGUCGUCUGUGCCUCCACCGUCCUACCAUCCGUGGAGGAGACACAGGUGGCGCUCGCACUCGUGCACCUCGUCGCCUUCUCCCCGCGCCACUGCCUGCUCUUCUGCCGUCGCAAUGGCCUGCAAGGGCUCCUCUCCGCACUCCACCACCCACGCUCCUCCCUCCCUCCCUCCUCUAGACCCCCCCCCUCGUCCUCCGCCUCCUUCUCCUCCACUGCGGCGUCGUCUCUCCCCUGCCUCGCCCUCUCUGCGCUGCUCUGCUGCUGCCGCCACCCCUUUGCGUGCGCGCUGCUCUUGCAGCCAGAUUCGAGGGUGCAGGGGAAGGGAGCGAUGGCGGAAGGAGGCAAUGCCGUGAAGAAAGAAAAGGCUGUGGAGGGGGCAAAGGGUCCGGCUGGGAGUGCGCAGGAGGCGGAAGGAGGAGAGAAAAAUGAGGAGGAAGGGGGGAGGAAGGCGGAAGGGAAGGAGGGGAUGGAAGUAGAUGGGGAGGGAGAGGGGGAGGAAGCAGUAGAGGAGGAGCAAGCGGGCUCAGGGAAAGAGGGCGCACAAGGGAAGAAGGAGAAGGGAGAGACAAAGAAAGGCGACGGGGUGACGGAUAGGGAUGCGGGGUCGAGUGGGUAUGAGCAGGUGUUGGCGUUUCUGGUGCAGUCCAGUCGUUGCCGCACGCCGCUGCAUGUGGGUGUGGUGGCGAGUCAGGUGCUGCUAGUGCUGCACCGCCAUCACAUGUGCCUGCGCCUGCAGCUUUCGGUCUCCCAACUGCUUCACCUGCACGCCCCCUCCUCUGCGCGCGCAUCCUCUCUCACAAACCCCCAGCUUCUCAUUAAGGGCCCAGGACUCGCACUGGGGGCAGGGGGGGACAGAGCCGCGGAGGGGGAGAGGGGGUCGCUUCUCAUCCGGCCACCAUCAGCGGUGGCAGCAGCCACGUCUGGUGCCGGCAGCACGAGCAGCAUGAGCCUGCUCAUCGCCUCCUCCCUGGCCCGCCUCGCAUCAGCGUCUGCGUCAGCUGCUGUGUCCAGUGCGCACCACGCCAUCAAGCCCACCACCAUGCUGCCGCUGCUGCUCUCGCGCCCCUCCGCACUCUCCUGCCCGCUCGCGUCGCCCCUGUGCCCGCCUCUGCCGUGUGGGGAUGCGUCGCUGUUUCUGUCACCGCUGCUGCCGCACCUGCUGGGAGGGUUGGACGUCGAUGCUGUGGCUGUGCUCAAGGGCUAUCGCUUCCUGACUCUCCUUGCAGCAGCAGUAACUGCUGCCUCUGCCUCCCCCGCCUCCUCCUCCUCGUCCCACCUCGCCACUGCCCCGCUGCUGCUAUCUGUGCACGUGCCCCCAUGGCCGGUGCCAGCUCUGCUAGCACCACUGCAUGCCAUCGUGCUGCCGCUGCUGCACUGCCGCGAAGGCCUCCUCUUCCUUGCCUCUCAGCCUCAUUCCACGGCUCUCCUCGCCUCUGCCCUCAGGGAUGCCCCUCAGGGAUCCCCACGUAUUCAGCAGCAGCAGCAGGAGCACGGGGGCCAGAGGCGGCAGGUGGAAGGGGUGCAGGGACGGAGGGGGCAGGGAUUCUGGCGCCUGGCGGGAGGCCGAUUGCUGCCGUGCCGCCACUUGCUGGCGCUUGAUUCGCUGGGCAUUGCCACGUCACCAUCUGACGUGGCGGCAGCGAUGACUGAAGUUUUGAAAGCGGCAUCUCUGGUCGAGAAAGCGGCGGCAGCAGCGGUGGCAGCAGGGGCAGCAGUGGGCGUGGCAGCUACCACGUCGUCCCUGUCCCUGGGAGUGUUUGGCCCUGCUACCCGUGUGCCCCUGCGCUCUGCUGCACAAGUGAAGGCUCUCCUGGCGCCUCUGCUCUCCCUCGCCACCAUGCACAGGCAUGAGGCAUCCAGGCAGGCACUGGCUGCUGUGGCAACAUUGCCUGAGCUGCUGCAAGUGCUGUACCUUGCCAUAUUCGCCAUCGAGCAUCCGCUGCAGUCGCGAGGCAUACCCUCCUCCAUGGCGCCUGCCGUGCCCUUCAAAGCCUUCGAGCCCUCUCUAGCGCUGCUCUCAAGCCGGGCAUGCCACGUGCUGCUUGUGCUGCUGCGAGACUCCUCCCUCUCCACGUGGCAAGCCGUUGCCAACGGCGGGGCGGCCCUGCACGCCGCGGCCACUGCUGCUUCCAUGCGCCUGCGCGCAUCGGACCUGGUGCUAGGGUUUGAGGAGGCACGUGACUGGCUGGAGGGGUGUGCGGUGUUUGGCAUGAAGGGGUUACCCGGGCUGAUGGCCCUGGCAGGCGAGCUGGCGGAGGGCGAUGCUGCUGCUGCCAUCAGCACCAUCGCUGCUGCCGUUGCUGCUGCUGGGGAGAAGGGGGGAGGAGGAGGGGGGAGAGGGGGGUCUGGAGGAGGAGCAGGGGAGGGGAAUGCGGAAGGAGGAGGUAGUGGAGGGGGAGGGGAGGAGGAGGAGAAGGGGAGGGAGGGUAUGGCGUCAACCACGCUGCUGCCACCGCUGGUGCAGCUGACGGGAGCAGUGAGGCUGCUGGCGCUGCUGUCACGACACACGGACAUGGCAGUGGACAUGUUCAACGAGGGGGUCAUCCACCUGCUGCUCUCCCUGCUCUCCCUCGCCAACUCCGCCUUCACCAUCGCCGCACCUCAGCAGGGGGGGUCCAGCGCAUCAGCGCACGCAGCGUCGUCCCGUGCGGCGCGUGACUCGUCGGCUCUGCACGCAGAUCUGCUGCAGGUGCACGCGCAGACGCGCCACCUGCUGCUGCCCGCACUGCUGCUGCUGCGCACCAUACUGGCCCGCCUGCAGGCGACCGUGAGUGAGUUUCGGAGCACCAAGCUGCUGCACGCGCUGCUGGACCUCUACCUGCUGCUUAGCACUCGGCCAGCGUUCCACAUGCCCAUCACUGAUUGGUCCUGCCAGUCAGAGGCCGUAGAGCUGCUGGCGAUCCGCCAGGCGCUCACGUCAUGCCUCGCCUUUUGGCUCGCCUCCCAGUGGCGCCCCGCCCUCCUCCCGCUGCUCUUCUCCCGCUCCCUCCACUCCCUCCGCACCCCCUUGCCCUCCGCCUCCUCUGCCGCUCCCACUGCCCCUGGCUCUGCCCCUGCUGCUGCCCCAACUGCUGCGGCGGCUGCUGCUGCAGGGGCUGCAGGUGCUGCUAUGGCACAAGGUGCAGGGGUGACAGGAGGAGCAGCAGCAGCGACAGGGGUAGCAGCGGAGGGUAGGCAGGAGUAUGCUGCAGUGGGACCCGUGUCUCCCCUUGACCCCGCUCGCCUCCCUGGCCUUCUCUUCCUCCUGGCGGACCUCCUCCAACAGCCACCUCCCUUCCUGCACACCCGCCACUCCCCCCCUCCCUCAUCCUCCACCCCACCGCCCACCACCACUCCCGCCACCUCACCUCCUCCCGCCGCACCCUCUAUCCCCUCCCUCUCCUCCUCUCCGCCCCCACUCCCCUCCUCCUCCGUCCCUCCCUGGGCAUCUCAUGCCGUGCUGGGGUGGCCGCAGAAGCAGCAGGUGGCGGCGGUGGCGGCGCUGGGGAGUGUGGUGGGGAUGGGGCCGCACAUGGGGGAGCUCCUGUGGUUCACCGUGGAUGCGGGGAUGAGAGGCAGGGUCAAGCGCAGCAUGGGCCAGCACAUGCCCGCGCUGUGUCGCAUUAUCUACCAUUUCUCUGCCUCCACAUCAUGGGUUGUCCGCGCAUCCCUAUCCUCCCUCAUCCUUGUCCUAGCAGACUCUCUCCCAAACGCCACCACCACCACCACCUCAGCUCUCUCCUCCCAACCGCUCAGCACCACUCCUUUGCCUGCCAGCUCCACCCCAGGCACCUCCUCCGUUGCCUCUUCCUCCUCCUCCUCCUACCCUGCCCCUCCUCCCCCUCCCUCGCAAGCUGCUGCCGGCCAGAGCGCAGCAGAUGGCAAGUCAGGGGAGGAGCUGGGGGAGAAGGCGAUAGCAGCUGUGAUAGAGAGGGCAUGCGAAUGUCUAGAAACAUGGCUUGCGCUAACUGAUGAGAGGAAGAUUGCUACUGUUGCUGCUCCUGCGCCUGCUGCUACUGGCGCUCCUGCUGCUGCUGCCGCUACUGGUGGGGGUGCUGCUGGUGACACUGGUGGUGCAGGUGAUGGUGCUGGGGACAAGGGUGCGAAGGCUUCAGGUGAAGGCGAAGGAGGGGGGGGAGGGGACGGAGCAGGAGCAGGAAGGGGAAGAGAAGGAGGGGACGUGGGUGGAGGAGGGGGGGUUGGAGUGAAAUCUGGUCCUGGUGGUUCUGCUGGAGCUGCUGCCCCUGGGUCUACCACACACCCAAACGCCCCUCUCUCCUCUACUCCCCAGGUCACCCCUGAUGCUGCUGCUGCUCCAGCCACAGCAGUUGGUACUGGUGGGGCGGUUGGAGCAGCAGCAGCAACAGCAGGGGCCAGUGGUGGUACUGGCGCUGCAGCAAGUGGACUUGCGGGAGCAGCUGAAGCAGCGGUUACAGCAGCAACAGCAGCAGCGGCAACAGCAGUAGGAAGAGGAGCAGGAGCAGCAGCAGGAGGAGAAGGAGCGAAAGCAGGAGCAGCACCAGCAGGGCAGCCAGGGGUACCAGCAGCAGCAGCAGCUGAAAAGGCCCCAGGGGGGGCUGGUGGAGGGGUGGCAGGGGUUUCAGCAGCAGGUGGCGGUGUGGCUGGGCUGGUUGACUCGGGAGGGAAGAGGGCUGUGGCGUCGCCGCUGCUGCUUGCCGACCUUGUGUCUCUGCUGCACCUGCUAUCACAGCUCAUCGUCCACCCCUCUGUUCAGUCCCAGGCCCUGCAGCACAAGUCCUUCCCUCGCCUCCUCCUCCACGUCCUCACGCACUCUGGCAACCCUUCGCUGCUCCACACCGCACUACAACCAGUGCCCCCUCAGCAACAAGCGAUGAAAGCAGCAGCAACAGUGGGGGUUGGAGACGAGGUGUCAGGGGUGGUGAGUGGCAGUGGUGGUGGCAAGGUGGCAGCAGUGGACUUCCCUCCAGGGUUCGUGGCAGUGAAAGAGCGUGCUGAGGUGGCCGCUGCCAGUGGCGAACACGGCAAGCCCUCACAGCCACAGCAGCAGGGGAGAGGGGCGCAAGGAGUGCACGAGGAGAGCAGCGGUGUCGCCAGGCAGAUGGAGCUGGUUACCCGCCUUGGGUUGCUUAUUGCGUCGGCUCUCUCCCUGCAUGCCAUGCAAUCACCCAGUUUCCACCAGUUGUGCCUCCACCAGUACCGCCUGCCAUCACCGCCCAUCGUCCUCCCACCGUCUGCUGCCGUGACUUCACUGGCUGCCAACGCACUCGAAGCAGCAACUCCAGCUGCUGCUGCUGCCACUGGCGCCACGACCACCACAACGGCUGCCACCACCAGCAGUGCCGUGGGUGUGAUGGGUGUUCAGCCGGCAGACACACAGCAGGAGCAGCAGCUGCAGCAGCAGCAGCCACACGCCAAUCCCGACGCCUCUUUGCCGCUCCCAUCCCCACGCACCCCUCCUCUCCCUGCUGCCGUGCCCGCCUGUGUCUCCACCUCAGUUCUCCCGCCUCCCCUGGACGCCCGCCUGGGGGCACAUGAGAGUGGGCAGGGAGUGAAAGAAUCCUCCACCGCCGUCUUUGUGGGGGAGGUCCUUUCCGCUGUGCUCUCACUAUCACAGAGCUCCCCAUCUGCAGCCAUGCGUGUGGCAGCCCUCUCUUCUCUCGCCUGCAUCUCGUCUUCCCCCGCCUCCCGUGCCCUGCUCUGCCUGCACCUCUCCCAUUCCCUGCUCCUCGCCCCCGCCGACUCCUCGGCACCAC